CACAAUCGAAACAUGGUCUCUUUCAACUAUCUAACAUUACUUCUUAUUGGAGUGGUGAUGUUCACCGCUCCAGUGUUCGCUAAUUACAAACCACCCACUUAUGAACUUCCACCAAUCGAGAAACCACCUAUUUAUGAGCCUCCACCAAUAGAGAUACCACCACCCGUUUAUAAGCCUCCGAUAAUUUAUCCACCACCAAUUUAUCAUCCUCCACAUGAAAAACCACCACCAGAGUAUCUACCUCCACCUAUUGAGAAACCACCGCAUGAAAAAACACCACCAGAAUAUCAACCAUCGCCCGUUUAUAAACCUCCAAUAAUUCACCCACCACCAAUAUAUAAGCCCCCAAUAUACCCACCACCAGUAUACCAUCCUCCACAUGAAAAGCCACCACCAGUGUACCAGCCACCAUAUGAGAAACCACCACCAGAGCAUCUACCUCCACCUUUUGAGAAACCGCCACCAGAACAUGAGCCACCUCGUGAGAAUCCAGCACCAGAAUACCAACCACCUCAUGUGAAACCACCGUAUGAAAAUCCACCACCAGAGUAUCAACCACCUCAUGAGAAACCACCGCAUGCAAAACCACCACCAGAGUACCAGCCACCUCAUGAAAAACCACCACAUGAAAACCCGCCACCAGAAUAUCAGCCACCUCACGAGAAACCACCACCAGAGUACCAACCUCCUCAUGAGAAAACACCUCAUGAAAAGCCACCGCCAGAAUACCAUCCACCUCACGAGAAACCACCACAUGAGAAUACACCACCAGAGUACCAACCACCUCAUGAAAAGCCACCACCAGAAUAUCAACCACCUCAUGAAAAGCCACCACCAGAAUUUCAACCACCUCACGAGAAACCACCACCAGAGUACCAACCUCCUCAUGAGAAACCACCUCAUGAAAAGCCACCGCCAGAAUACCAACCACCUCACGAGAAACCACCACAUGAGAAUACACCACCAGAGUACCAACCACCUCAUGAAAAGCCACCACCAGAAUAUCAACCACCUCAUGAAAAACCACUACCAGAAUUUCAACCACCUCACGAGAAACCACCACCAGAGUACCAACCUCCUCAUGAGAAACCACCUCAUGAAAAGCCACCGCCAGAAUACCAACCACCUCACGAGAAACCACCACAUGAGAAUACACCACCAGAGUACCAACCACCUCAUGAAAAGCCACCACCAAAAUAUCAAUCACCUCAUGAAAAGCCACCACCAGAAUUUCAACCACCUCACGAAAAACCACCACCAGAGUACCAACUUCCUCAUGAGAAACCACCGCCAGUGUAUCAACCACCACAUGAAAGUCCACCGCCAGUGUAUCCACCACCUCAUGAGAAAUCACCACCAGAACAUCAACCUCCUCACGAGAAAUCACCGUAUGAAAAACCUCCACAUGAGAAUCCACCACCAGAGUACCAACCUCCUCACGAGAAACCACCACAUGAAAAUCCACCACCAGAAUAUAAGCCGCCUCAUGAGAAGCCACCAUCAGAAUAUCAACCACCUCAUCAUGAAAAACCACCAUCAAAGUAUCAACCACCUCAUCAUGAAAAGCCACCACCAAAAUACCAACACCCUCAUGAGAAACUACCACCAAUAUAUAAACCACCUUAUGAGAAGUCACUACCACCACCAACGUAUCAUACCCCUUAUGAAAAACCACCACCAAAGCACCGACGUCCGAUCUUUCACACUCCUCCUCAUGUUAAACCACCUAUUUAUGAGCCACCUCCUAUAGUGAAGCCUCAAAAAAUGGAGAAACCCCCUCACUACAACCCUUUACCAUAUAGCCACUACCCACCAUUCAAGAAUUAAUAAUGACUACUACCGAAGAACGUUGAAUAUAUUUUGGUGAACAAAAAUGUAAGAAUGGUCGUUUGUUAUGUUUGUUGUAUGAAGAUUUUAAUUUCCGUUUUUUCCUUUUUGUUUUAAAAGCUCUUCUAAGAUGUAAAGCACAAUGUGCGUUUCCUGCAAAUAAAGGCUCUAUAUACGCCUCUGUAUAAUACCUUCCAUUUCGUUUCAACAAUUAUAUCAUAAUGUCAAUUACCAUUAGUUUUAUCUUUGACUA